AAACAAAAUGGCGCUUGUGCUGAAUACUGGUAUUGUGCGUGUAUUGUGAUACGACGCAAAAUCCUUAUUUUAUUAAAACUACAGUGUUUUUUGAAAUAUUUUACGAUUUUAACAGGACUCUGGUCCCUCGAUAACGCAGGCCGUGUAUACUAACAGCGGGAGACAUGAAAUCCGUGAAGACGUCUAACACAUCAUCAACAAGAAAAAAGAAGAGUUCGGUUGCGUCGAGCGGGAAAACAGUAUUGGAGACGGAAAAGAAGUUUUUCAGAAUGCGUGGAAGAGGACAAGUGAAUGAUGAUAAAAAACCAACAGUUAAGAAUGCUGCAAAGACUGCAAGUAAAGUUACAAGUAAACAAAAGAAUAUUAAGGCUACGAAGAGGAAGCUUAACACACCGGAUAAACCAUUAACCUUACGACAAAUGUCUCUGACAGAAUCCUUUGCGGCACAGACUGUGGCAAAACGUUUACGACCCAGGAAAAAUACUAAAAAUUAUUUGGAAGAAUCGUUGCUGAUCGAAAAAUAUUUAUCACCACAAAGAAGAAACAGUAUUGUCGUUGUUGAAAAAAUGGAGCCACCAGUGGCCAGAAAAGCACCUGUAUAUAAGUCUAUGCGAGUAACCGAUGAGCAUCUGAAAAAUGGUGAUGAGAUAUAUGAUUUCAAAUUUGAUAUUAAUGACUCUACUGAAAGAAGAAAUAUUAAGAAAAAGAAACGUAUUAGAAAACCAGCUGUCAAAAGAGCUAAGAAAACUGUAACAUCAAAUGGAAAAUCGUCAAAAGUUAAAACGAACGUAAACUCUGAACAAGUAGCCCGUGUUCCUGAAGUGAUAAGCAAUGUGAAUGCUAAUGAAUUGGAGGAAGAUAUCAAUAGUCCUCUAAAAAAUAAUGUUGAAAAUGUAAAGCCUACAGAUAUACUUGAAAGUGAACAAGAAUCUGUCGCUGUGCAUAAUGCUAGAACACAAAAAGAAAAAGUGCCACUGAAAACAACGCUGACAGAUAAUGCCAGUAAUGUAAUAAAAAAGCCAAAAGUGUUAUCUGUUCAAAAAUUAGAAAGCAGCAACAAAAUUCAAAUACAUAAUAUACAGGGGAAUCCAAAAGCAACUGGUACAGAACAAUUCAAACCAUUCCGGCCAACAAAUGCAUUCAGAUCAAUGUACACAGUCCAAAAAGAAAUGGUUAACCACUCUCUUCUAAAUAAAUCCUUAUCUCCUAUAAAUAAGUCUUUAAUAGAUUUUGAUCCUUCGAGUCCAUGGAGGCCACCGACAUUUAAUACAUUCUCUCAAGUGAAACAAAUAUUCCAAAGCACACCGCAGCCAAAAAAGCAAUCGGGUGUAUGUACUCUGCCAGCAGUAAAUCCCAUCAAAAAAACAACAACCCAAGGAACAAAGAUAAGUGAGAUUACGAAGAAAAACAGUGAGAAUAUAAACUUGAACAUAGAGAAAUUGGCAUUGUCAAAGCAAAAUCCCUUGAAAGAAAAUUCUCCCUCAAAAUCACCUAGAGUCUUUGGCACAGACAUAACAAGUAAAAUCACAAUGACACAACCAACGGCGAAUGUACUUGGUGUCUCGAAUAAAAAUUCAAACGCACAGUCAAGGAGUAACGUUUCUCUCGAGUCAAACAAAAAUGCAGAAGUCCAAUCACCAGCGGCAAGAGUAUCAAACUCCAGUACUAAACUGUCGAGUGUAAACAAUAUACCUGACUUCGACGAUUAUACAGAGGACAAAGAAAAUAGUAUCCCCAAUUUUCAAAGUCUGAAAAAAUCUCCAAAGAAAUUAUCUAAAAGGCUUAAUUUUCCAAGUCCAAAGCGUUCGUUGCAGCAGACUCAGGAAAUCAAAGCAACUCCAGGGCCUUCUGGUUUGCAGAAAGAAAACCUUGAACCACAACCAGGACCGUCUGGUCUUCAAAGACGACGUCUAUUUGACGAACCAAAGAAAUUACAGCAAUCAAAAUUAAAUAACUUUUUGAAUUUGGACACGAUGCCAGAAAGUACAAGGAUCAGUACUACGCAUGGCAUCUUUGACGACGCUCAAUCGACACCAAUCAAUGGAAAGCCGAAGAAGACUUAUAAAGAACCUGACAUCAAAAACGCCUUUGGAUUUGAGGAUUCAGAUUCAGAGCUGGAGACUUCGUCGAUAGCUAAUAAAGAGAACGACGUGCCUCCCAUGAAACAACCUGUAUCGAAUGAAUCGAUACGCAAGGUGGAUGAUCUGCUGAGACACAAAAUAAAGUCAAUUGCGAAACCAGCAAGAGUUUCUCUAGGAGAAGUGAAGAAAGUACUUCAUCCAAAUGUCCUGAAGGAAAAACAAAAUAUAAUGAAUGCUGAGAAGGGAGAUGGUAAAAUAACGAAUUACUUGAAAAAGUCUGAACUGCAAGAUAAAGAAACAGUGAAGAAUAAACAAUCAUUCGACGUCAAUAGUUUCUCUGAUACUUUUGAUAUGAUGUCGGACAAUGAAUAUCAGACCGAUAAAGAACAGACGACCGACCCGCCAUUAUUUGCUGACUUGGAGCCAAGUCACUUUGUAGAACCACCCAGAUAUUCCUACAAGCGAAAACGUGCAGCCAAGUACAAUUUCUCGGAUGACGAGGAGACGGAGAACCUGGAUGAGAGCUUCGAGAAGAAGCAGGUAAAGAAAAAAAAGGUGCAAAAAAUGAACAAGAAGGAAGAGGAGAGAUUACAGCAGUGGGUAAAGAAUGUAAACGAAACCUUCGAAGAAAUCGAUCACUACGAUUUAGUCGUCGAGUAAAUCACCACUUGAUAUAUAAAUCCGAACAAGAACACAUAUUUCCCAAUGACGUCCAAGAAAUCAUUACUUCGCUACUUAGCAUAUAGAGAUUCGUUAAUUAUCAUCUAAUUCUUAACUGUCGGUUAAAUGAGAAUUCGUUAAUUUAUAGAAGAAACUAGAACGUAGCUCUCAGCCAUGCUUGUUGCUCAAUGAAAAACACGCAAAGAUAAAAAUAUUCUUUUUCCAGUGAUCGUUAUCGGCUUACGUCAAAUUUUAAUCCUAGUUGGUAAUGCUUCAAAAUAGCCAAUUACCGACAAGUGAUAAUGAGUGUGUAUAGUAUUUUUAAGAAAUUUAUAUACUUUUAUAAUGUACAUUUUACUAUAACGAUACUUCACUAUACUAUUACGCCACGAUUCUCCUAAACACUUUAUUUUCACUGAACUUUAUCCCUGCUUUAUGAAACUGUCUAGCUUUUUACACAAGUCUAAUUAUUUAUGUAGAUUAAGCGUUUGCGAGGAUCUUUAUUAUUUAUUACUAUUAGAUAGAUUUAUUAUUAUCAUUAUUACUAUCAAAGCAUUAAUAUUAAGAGGACUUAUAUGGAAUUGGAUACUAAUUAAUUGCCUUGGCACACGAGAUACAUUAAUUUCACAUAUAUCUUACGACAAAAUCAACAUAGAAACUUUUUUUCUUAUCAUAAAGAACAUAAUCUAUGCGUUUACUUAGAUUUUACUUUGAAUAUUCGAGCACCGCUCCACGAUCGACAUAUUAGUUAUGUAACCAGAGAUAACUCAUAACUAGAAAGCUACAGUCAUUCAAAAUUACAAAUGCAAUAAAUGUAUAAAAGAA